AUGCCACGUUUCCCACCCCCCCCUCCCCCACUUUGCCCAAACCAGGACACGGCCGGCCAGGAGCGGUACCGCACCAUCACCACCGCCUACUACCGCGGUGCCAUGGGCUUCAUCCUGAUGUACGACAUCACCAACGAGGAGGCCUUCAACGCCGUGCAGGACUGGUCCACCCAGAUCAAGACCUACUCCUGGGAUAACGCCCAGGUCCUGCUGGUGGGGAACAAGUGUGACAUGGAGGACGAACGUGUCGUCUCCUCGGAGAAGGGCCGCCAGCUUGCUGAGCACCUGGGUUUUGAAUUUUUUGAGGCCAGCGCUAAGGACAACAUCAAUGUCAAGCAGACCUUCGAGCGGCUGGUGGACAUCAUCUGCGAGAAGAUGUCGGAAUCGCUGGACACGGCCGACCCGGCAGUCACCGGCGCCAAGCAGGGCCCCCAGCUCACGGACCAGCAGGCCCCCCCGCACCAGGACUGUGCCUGCUAGGGCCAGCCUCCC